AUGCCACAUUUACGCACGUGUAACGUCCAUUGGCCAAUGAUUAUCUACAGUGAUCUUGACGAUCUUCGUUCAUAUACGUUUGUUCAUCAAUUUAAUUCACCGUUUUGGCUCGAACAUAACUGGAAUAUCGCGAUUGAAAUUGAAUUUCAAAGAGCCUUUUAUCGAAUUAGUCCAAAGAAAAACUUUCACAGAUUAAAUAAUGAAAGUUUGAAUAUUAUUACACAUCCACAUGAAAACCAUAAUUAUCAUUGGAUAAACUCGAUGAUUAGUGUCGAUCAACAAACUACCAACGAUUUGUCUUCAAAAGUUUCUUCCUCUGUUAAAUUAUUAAUAAUCAAUGAACAGAAACUCACGUUGUCUCGAUCGAUAGUCAGCGAUCUAUUUCCUGUUUUAAAUGCGAUACAUAUACGAAGUUUACACCUGAUUUGGUCGAAUUUAUUGAUUAGUGAUUUUGUCGAACUUCUAAAUCAUUUACCAAAUCUGAAUUCGUUGGCAUGGUUUUCUUCACUCAAUGUUGUUUCGAGUUCUUUAUCUACAAACGACGAGGAAAAUCUUCGAUUAUUUUCGAUCAGUAACACUAUUACACAAGUGUCGUUACAAAUCAAUUUUGAACAAAUACAAUUUCUUAUUAGACUUUGCCCUCGGAUGGAAAAACUUGAAGUACAUGGCGUAAAAAAUGAUGAUCUCGGAAAACUCCUACGCUUUAUUUUAAUGGAAACGAGAACAAGUCUUCUUCAUCUUCAUUUACUGUAUCUUACUAUCAUUGACAUCAAUGAUGAAAUAGUUCACAAUUUACAAACAUUGAUCGAUUCCGAAGAUUUACUUUCGGAUUAUACCAUCAAAUAUCGAGGCAAUCAUGUUGCUUUGGAACGGAAAAUUCAAUGA